AUGCCAUCGCUCAUUGUGUUUUUGUUCGUGUCCUCUUGUCCCACUCUAUUUAAUGCCAUCGCUCAUUGUGUUUUUGUUCGUGUCCUCUUGUCCCACUCUAUUUAUUGCCCUCGCUCAUUGUGUUUUUGUUCGUGUCCUCUUGUCCCACUCUAUUUAUUGCCCUCGCUCAUUGUGUUUUUUGUUCGUGUCCUCUUGUUCCUUCCAUUUAUACCAUCGCUCAUUGUGUUUUGUUCGUGUCCUCUUGUCCCUCUCUAUUUAUUCGCUCAUUGUGUUUUUUGUUCGUGUCCUCUUGUCCCCCUCUAUUUAUUGCCUCGAUCAUUGUGUUUUUUUUGUUCGUGUCCUCUUGUCCCCUCUAUUUAUUGCCAUCGCUCAUUUGUGUUUUUGUUCGUGUCCCUCUUGUCCCACUCUAUUUUAAUGCCAUCGCUCAUUGUGUUUUUUGUUCGUGUCCUCUUGUCCCUCUAUUUAUUGCCCUCGCUCAUUGUGUUUUUUGUUCGUGUCCUCUUGUCCCUCUAUUUAUUGCCCCUCGCUCAUUGUGUUUUUUGUUCGUGUCCUCUUGUCCCCUCUGUUAUUGCCAUCGCUCAUUGUGUUUUGUUCGUGUCCUCUUGUCCCUCUAUUUAUUACCAUCGCUCAUUGUGUUUUUGUUCGUGUCCUCUUGUCCCUCUAUUUAUUGCCAUCGCUCAUUGUGUUUUUUGUUCGUGUCCUCUUGUCCCCUCUAUUUAUUGCCAUCGCUCAUUGUGUUUUUAUUUCGUUCCUCUUGUCCCCUUUAUUGCCAUCGCUCAUUGUGUUUUUGUUCGUGUCCCCAUUUGUCCUCUAUUUAUUGCCAUCGCUCAUUGUGUUUUUUGUUCGUGUCCUCUUGUCCCCUCUAUUUGUGCCAUCGCUCAUUGUGUUUUUGUUCGUGUCCUCUUGUCCCUCUAUUUUGUGCGUGUUUUUUUUCGUGUCCUCUUCCCCUCUAUUUAUUGCCAUCGCUCAUUGUGUUUUUUUUCGUGUCCUCUUGUCCCUCUAUUUAUUGCCAUCGCUCAUUGUCUUUUGUUUUUGUUCGUGUCCUCUUGUCCCUCUAUUUAA